CCGACUUCAUCACGACCCGCAAACCUACCCACCACCCCGUCAAUCCGCAUCCAAUCAUCACAAUGGCAGCCGCUUGGAAAGUCGCCGGUCUCACCUACAACCGCUACAUUUCGGUCGCAUCGCGCGUCGUUCGCCGAUCCCUCAAGGAAGACAAGCGCAUCGCUGCUGAGCGCAGAGGCGAGAGCGAGCUCAGGUUCGCCAAGUGGGAGAACGGCAAGCAGGGCGAUGUCAAGGAGCUGAACGACGCUGCUCUCCAGGCCCAGGCCGCGGCCAAGGCUGCUGAGUCUGCCGCUUAGAUGCAUUGCGCAUAACGUGGGAAGUGAGGGCAGAGGUGUGAAUGUAUACAUGUACUAUCAAUGCCGAAGGAAGCUUUCUGGAGGACAGGCAAAAGCCAAUGCAUAACCUGAUUUGAGCUCACUGCACGC